AAUGGUUUCCUACUUUAUUCCCCGUGGCCGUUUCCUCAUGAAGGCCGGCAAUUGGCGCCAAAUCCAUCAAAAGCAACAACAGCAGGUGCAACAAAAAUCCGGCAAAUGGCCAUUGAUUAAAAAUAUACGCCAAUCAUUUUCCCAAAAGGCUGGUGCCGACCCUAAGGUGGAGAAUUUAAUUAAAUCAAAUACCACCCUGCACAAACCCGCCCAAAUACGCACCCCUCCCUCGGUACAGGCUAAACGUCAACAGGACCUGCAAAAGAAACGUUUCAAUAUUUUCUUGAGAUGGACCGGCUUUCUGCUGAAAUUUGCACCCGUUGGGAUCUGCGUUUUCGGUGCAAUUGAAUGGCAGCUACACAAACAAAAUGCCGUCAAAGACCAAGUACCCCAUACCGCUUCACAAUUCCAAUCGAAAGUCUAUUGUUCGUUGCCCUUGAGACUGCUGAGUAGAGCCUGGGGAUGGCUGGCCGCUUGUCAAAUUCCGGAGAAUCUAAGACCCUAUAUAUAUGGCUGGUAUUCGAAUGCAUUUAAUGUGAACAUAGAUGAGGCUUUGUAUCCCGACUAUAAACACUACAAAAGUUUAUCGCAAUUCUUUACGCGACCCCUAAGGGAGGGGGUAAGGCCGAUAGAUGAAAAGGCGCCUUUGGUUUCACCGGCGGAUGGAAAAAUUCUGCAUUUUGGUACGGCCUCAAAGUCGCUGAUAGAACAAGUAAAGGGUGUCAAUUAUAGUAUACAAGAUUUCUUGGGUCCAGCAUCCUGGGUGGAUAAUAAAACCGCCAGCGAGGCUGAGGAUUAUUCGGAUAUGAUUAAACACAAACGUGAUGGUUCGACAAGUCUGUAUCAAUGUGUCAUCUAUUUGGCUCCUGGAGAUUAUCAUCGUUUCCAUUCGCCCACCGAAUGGCAGGCUGUAUUACGCCGUCACUUUACCGGUGAGCUGUUGUCGGUAAAUCCCAAAAUUGCCACAUGGUUGCCAGGAUUGUUCUGUCUCAAUGAACGUGCCCUGUAUUUGGGUGAAUGGAAACAUGGUUUCUUUAGUUACACAGCUGUGGGUGCCACCAAUGUCGGUUCCAUGGAAUUUGUUAUGGACAAACAAUUGAAAACCAAUCGCUGGUUGGGAUGGAAAAAUCAACAUGGCUAUGAAGAAUUGGCCCUGGGCGAAAAGGUCGAUCUGAAAAAGGGAGAAUUGGUGGGUCUGUUCAAUAUGGGCAGUACCAUUGUGUUGUUGUUCGAGGCCCCAACCAAUUUUAAAUUCAACAUUGAAGCUGGUCAGAAAAUCAAGGUUGGACAGCCAUUGGGUUAUUUGGAGUAGAGCC